AUGGAAGCCGGCGGUUUUGCAAUCAUUGAUGGCAGACUCGCAUUCCGGAUAAUCAAAGGACAGGCAAUCAUCGUCGGAUUCGGCGUCGACGAAGAGGUCAAAGAGUGGAAUAAAAUGCGCUUUCCAAGAGAGUUUUCUGUUCUUGACUAUUUCUUUCUUUCUAGUCAAUGCAUCGGAUAG